AGAAGAAGUUAUUUUCUUGAUGGAUUUCUGUUGGAAGAGAGAGAUGGAAGGUAAACUAGCACAUGACCACCGUGGCAUGACGUCACCGCGUCGUAUCUGCGUCGUGACCGGUCCGGUGAUCGUAGGCGCCGGACCGUCGGGACUAGCCACGGCCGCAUGUUUAAAAGAGAGAGGUAUCACGUCCGUACUACUAGAGAGAUCAAACUGUAUAGCAUCACUAUGGCAGCUCAAGACUUAUGACCGUCUUCAUCUUCACCUUCCUAAACAAUUCUGUGAACUUCCGAUUUUACCCUUCCCCGCCGAUUUCCCUACCUACCCGACGAAGCAACAGUUCAUCGAGUACCUUGAGGACUACGCAAGGAGGUUCGAUAUAAAGCCAGAGUUUAACCAGACGGUUGAGUCGGCUGAGUUUGAUGAAAACCUUGGGAUGUGGCGCGUGACGAGCGUGGGAGAGGAAGGUACGACGGAGUAUGUUUGCCGGUGGUUAGUAGCGGCGACGGGGGAGAAUGCGGAGCCGGUGGUGCCUAGGUUUGAGGGGAUGGAUAAGUUUGCAGCCGCCGGGGUAGUUAAGCACACGUGUCAUUAUAAGACCGGUGGAGAUUUCGCCGGAAAAAAGGUUCUUGUCGUCGGAUGUGGAAACUCCGGUAUGGAGGUUUGUUUGGAUCUCUGCAACUUCGGUGCUCAGCCUUCUCUCGUUGUCAGAGACGCUGUGCACGUCCUACCACGAGAGAUGUUGGGUACUUCAACUUUUGGGCUGUCCAUGUUCUUACUCAAAUGGCUGCCCAUCCGGCUCGUUGACCGUUUCCUUUUGGUUGUUUCCCGGUUCAUCCUCGGGGACACCACUCUGUUAGGUCUUAACCGGCCCCGGUUAGGCCCACUUGAGCUCAAAAAUAUCUCCGGUAAAACUCCGGUUCUCGACGUUGGCACGCUAGCCAAAAUCAAAACCGGAGACAUUAAGGUGUGUUCCGGGAUAAGAAGGUUAAAACGACAUGAAGUUGAGUUCGAUAACGGAAAAACAGAGAGAUUUGACGCCAUUAUAUUGGCAACUGGCUACAAAAGCAACGUACCCUCUUGGCUAAAGGAGAAUAAAAUGUUUAGUAAGAAAGAUGGGUUUCCAAUACAAGAGUUCCCAGAGGGAUGGAGAGGGGAAUGUGGGCUAUACGCGGUCGGAUUCACAAAACGUGGGAUUUCUGGAGCAUCAAUGGAUGCAAAGAGAAUAGCUGAAGACAUACACAAGUGUUGGAAACAAGACGAGCAAGUCAAGAAAAUCUAAUCAAAACUUAUAGAGACUAGACAGUUGAGAGAAAGCUAAGGUUUUCUAUCAAGAAAACAUAACUUGCCAAACGCCGGUAGCGAUCGAAAAAUUGAUGGUUUGGUUUCAAAGGAGGUGAUGUAAAUUAAGACUUAUCUCCAGCUGCAAUGCAAAUUGGGGAAAAGAAUGAAAAGGAAAUUUAGUG